CUCCAGUUCAAUAUAGUGUAGAUGCAACGACUUGGUAAAGAUUCACGUUAAGUGUCUGUUUCCACUGCUAAACCACCUGGUUCUGCUGCAAACGAUCUGGAUUCGGCUGCUAUUUUGGUCCAUCUGAUGCAUUCUGGGAUACUCAUCAACUUCAGCCCUGACGUCACUUUAUUCUGGCAUAGUGUAACUAUCACAGCGGCGAAAGGAGCUCAUUUCAUUAGGUCGUUUCAUACUUAGGAAAAAUAUAUCAAAAUGAGUGCUGAAGUACCAGUCAAGCUCACUGAGGACCAAAUAGCAAAAUGUCAAGAGGCGUUCGACAAAUUCGACAGGCGCGCUCUAGACAAGAUUAGAAUCGGUGAUAUUGCCAAUGCAUUCAAGGCGAUGAGCGUUAGUGUUAAACCAGAGUGGUUGGACAGAGUACGAGACAGUAUCGAUCAAGAAGGUACCGGCUAUGUGACCAUGGAAGAAUUCACCGAACUAUAUUUAUUAAAACUGAAGGCUGAAGCUGAUGAAAAAGAACUUGAGGAAGCUUUUCGUGUAUUGGACAAAAACAACACCGGAGUCAUCCCCGUGGAUGAUCUCAGAUUUAUCCUUAAAGGUCUUGGUGAUGACUUAACGGACGAGGAAAUUGAAGAAAUGAUUAAUGAUACAGAUCAGGACGGCAGUGGAACUGUAGAUUUCGAUGAAUUCUAUAAAUUGAUGACCUCAGAAUGAGAUGUACGAGCAUGGAUAUGUACUAACUGAACCACCACCACAAAGUUCUCCCACCUGAUGUUGAGCGCUUAGUUUACCCGUGAAUACUUGCUAAAUUCCUCCCUUGAUGAUGUUAUGGGCUCCGACUUGUGGAUCGACAACAUUCAGACAAAACUCUGGAGGACUUUGAAUCUCUUAUACCUCUGAUAGAAACAUUUCUGAGAAAUAAACAUUUAAGACUUUGGUUAAUUCAAAAUAUGUUUCAAUAUUUGAAAGUUAAUAAUCAUAGUUAAUUACACAUAUAAAAUAUUAUCAUAUUCUAUGUGUAUCUACCCUCGACAAUACAAUAUACAGGAAAGAAUUUUGUGGAUGCAAUAUUUAAAUGUAAAUUAAUUUAUCUGUACAGUCUUGAAUUUUGUAAUAAAAUAUAUGUUGUUAACAAACCUA